AUGGACUCUUUCCUCCCUGAGUUAAUCAUCAGUGUCUUGUGUUGUGCAGAUGACGUGGAGCGGCUGAUUGGUCUCCUGUUGAGAGAGACCGGAGACCGACUGAACGAGAAGGAGCUGAAAGAUCUCUCGUUGGCCAAAGAGCUUUUCUGGAACUACGCUUUCUUCAAGCGGAUAAUCACGACCCUCCUCACGAGGAUGGGCAUGAGGACCUCGGACCCAGACUCUCCGGGUCCGCACGCCUCGCCCAAGACCCAGAUCGCUGUGGCCUGUGAGGCCACCAGUCGUCUGUCAGCGAUGGACACGCAGCCCAUGAACCGGCUGCUCGGCUACGGCUCCAGAUAUCUGAAGGAAUAUUACUCGUCCUGGGCACAAGAGCACGGAGGAUACGACGCAGCGCUUGAGAGCGACGAGGAGGUGGAUGAUGAUGUCCAGUGAAAACCUGCCGUGCUGGACCUCCAGGGGGCGCUAACACCAAAGGCUCAGUCAGUUUACAGAAGUUGAUCCUUUGUGUCAUCGUGUUCAAAAUGUUCUCAGGGAACAAAACUUCAUUUUCUGUUCUGCUAAAUCCGUUCACGUGUGAAUGACGACGCAUCGACAUCAGGAGAUGUGAGAUAAAUUAUUUUCACUUGUGCUAAACUUCUAAAAAAAAAUCUCCAAGGUACUUUAGGCCGAGGAAGAGAAUAUUUUUUUGUACUGUGAUUCUCAUUUAGGUAGAAAUGAUUGUAACUUGUGUUUUGGGGAAAUGUCUGGUGUCUGUGGACUUUUAAUCAACAUAUAUAUGUUGAAUUAUAGUUUUUAAAAAACACUUUAUUUACACAAAUUGAGUCCCGCACGUGCACUUAGUCAUGAAUGAUAAAUAGGAAAUAUUUAGGAGACGACAUGGAUGAAGUGAGGGAUGUGUUGAUUCUGUUUAUGACUGUUUUCACUCUAUGAUUCCGCAACCUGCAAAUAUAUAUAUGUUUAUAUAUAUGUGUAUAUAUAUAUAUAUAUAUAUAUAUAUAUAUAUAUAUAUAUAUAUAUAUAUAUAUGUAUUUAAAUGAAUACAAAUAAAAUUUCACUGCAGGUGGAAUCACAGUGUACAGCACAAAGAUGAGCAAGUGAACAAGAGGGAUGUGUUGAAUCUGUCUGUUAAUUUAAAUGUCAUACAUUGAAUUUGUUAAAUGUGAAUGAAGCUGAAUGUAUUUGUGGAUUUUCUACGUGAAAAUAAAUAUGAAAAAUAUAAAAAAA